ACGUCACGUUGAAGUCUACGCUUCUCGGGCACUUGGGUAAACUGUAGCUGUGGGGAAUUCACUGGAACUUGAGUAUUUUCGAACCCAGAUAGUACUUUUUUUUUAGCUGUCUGCAGCAGCCAACACAAAUCGUUUACCGGCGGUUGGUGGCCAGCCAGCGAAGCGGGAGCCAUGCCCGUCCCCGCUGGACACCUUAGCGACUCCACCGCAGCGGCCUUCACAUCCUCGGCCUCUCUUAUCCCGCCUCCACCGAUAAACACCCAGCAGCCUGGUGUUGUCACGUCGCUCCUGUACAGCGGCUCCAAGUUCAGGGGUCACCAGAAAAGCAAAGGGAACUCCUACGAUGUGGAGGUUGUUUUGCAGCAUGUCACAAUGGAAGAUUCCUAUUUAUGUGGCUACCUGAAGAUAAAAGGAUUGACAGAAGAAUAUCCGACGUUGACAACGUUCUUUGCUGGAGAGAUCAUCAGCAGGAAGCGGCCGUUUCUCACUCGAAAGUGGGACGCAGAUGAGGACGUCGAUCGGAAGCACUGGGGCAAGUUCCAGGCGUUUUACCAGUAUGCAAAGACGUUUAACUCUGAUGAGUUUGACUACGAAGACCUGAAGAACUCUGAUUAUAUUUUCAUGAGGUGGAAGGAGCAGUUUCUGGUUCCAGACCACACAAUCAAAGACAUCAGUGGCGCUUCCUUUGCUGGAUUUUAUUACAUCUGCUUCCAGAAAUCUACAGCAACAAUCGAGGGCUACUACUACCACAGGAGCUCUGAAUGGUACCAGUCGUUAAAUCUCACCCACGUUCCCGAGCACAGCGCAGCCAUCUACGAGUUCCGGUGACCACCGUGGCUUUCAGGCCUCUCCUUUCUUUUUAUCAGAAAUGUGAUUGUCUGCAGGCUCUACUGAAGAAUGGGGGGGAAAAGGAACACCAACUUGGGUUGAGAAUUUUGAAGUUUUAAGACCUGGAGAAAAAAAGAUAUUUAAAAAAAUAAGGAACUCCCAAAUUUCUCAAAUUGACAGCUGGUGGUGAGCACACGGGAUUGAAGACUAAUGAAUGUAUGGAUGCGAUGAAAGCAGAAGAAAAGUGCAUAUCUGUGCUCGCGGGGCGGAGCUUGUGAUGUCCGAACGAACAGCAAAGACUGGGCGCGGUUCUCUGAGCUCCCCAUUUGCUUUCUUGGUUUUAAUGUCUGGUUUUAAAAUGCUUAAAUUAAGACACCUUUGAAGCCUCACUGAGAAAGUUGCCACUUCUUGGUUUGCAUAUAGGAAAGUUUUCAGCUUUCGUCACCCAGACACUUGGACAAGGACCCGAGGAGUCGGCUCGGAUAAGGAAGAGAAGAAGUCUGAGGAGGAAGAGCAGGAGAGAUGUUCUUAAAGUUUAACGACAGGAGCUUUAAUAUUUCAAAGGCUAGAAAGACAGUAUUUUUAAGCUAAAUGGAGACUUUGUUUGCCUGCCAAGAGUAUAUUUUCUUAUUUUACUCUUAAUGAUGAACAAUGAGUGGCACUUUUUAAAGAGGUACAAUCUGGGAGAUUCCGGAAAUAAGCUUUCUUUUUUUUGUUUUCUUACCCCCCUCACAUGUUGGUAAACUUGCUUUUGAGAUUUUUUAAAUAUAGGAUUGCUGUGGAUUUUCUUCUGAAUUGUAUUUGCACAGAUCAUAUGCUAAUAAAACGUCAGGGUUUGAAAGCAUCGGACGUCAAGGCGACACGACGUCUGGGUGGUUUGGUCGGGUUGAGUUUGAUGAAAACAGCCCCSUUAAAAGUAUUUAGCCCCUUUUCUGUCUGCAUGAAACGUUUGACUUUUUCAGUGAAGAUUCCCUCCAUUUCUGUUCCCUCAACUAUGCAACACUUUAGAGAUCUCCAAACACAACCCUGAGUCUUCAGAGGUGAGAUUUUAUUUUAUCCUUAUAUAUAUAUAUAUAAAGAUUUAUCUUCCUCUAAAGACAAUAUUUUGUUAAACUGCCUUUGAUGUCACUCCCUUAUGAUCAUGUUCUUCUUCCAUGUGAUUGUGCCAUGUUUUUAAAUGCUUGUCAGAGUUGUAAUAUGACCGAUCUGAGGUGUGUUUGUGAAAAAGACUGCAACUGAUUGAUGGGAUGAUUGUAAAAGAGUGGGUUGUGGGUUUUAAAGGAAAAAAGUUCUUCAUAUUGGACUGUUUUACUUUGUCUUUAUUUAUUUGGUCGUCUUGUUUUUCUACAAUUAAUACUUCCUUGAAAAGAAAAAAAUAUAUAAAAGCUAAAAGAAUUACUCUGUGCCCCUGGGACAGGGGUCUGCAACCUGCGGCUCUGGAGCUCUUGGGUUCCUCUGCAGCGGCUCUUUGGAGUUUUGACCAUAUWUUUGUUUUUAUAAUCAAGAAAAGUUCUCAGCAGUUGUCAUGUCCAGUUUUCUGCCAUGUGUGAAUAAAGUUGUAAACAGAAUAAUAAACAAUCAGUUUACGGUAA